UUAUUCUUAAGAAAAUUGUAAAAUCAAUCAAAUGAAGAAAAUUAACCAAUCUUAAUAUUCAUAAAUUCCAAGCCGAUAUUCUCUCCCUCUCACAGGGGGUGUCAACAUGAAAACUACAAAACCAGCCGCAAUUAAAAAGACGCCGGUGGGAAGGAAACCUGCCGCUGUCAAAGCCGCUCCUGAUUCUGCCACCGAGGAAUCACCGGUUCCAAAAACCCCACCCAACGCCAAGCGGACACAAAAUAGCGACAUGACACCGUCGCCAAUUGCCGGUUCUGCUUCAAAACUUGAACAAUCAUCAGUUGAUGGAACAAAUAUAGAAACGGAUGUGAGUAUGGUAACACUGGAAACUACAAAACCUCUUCCGAUUAAAAAGAAGGUUGUGAGGAGAGUGGUGAAGGUAGUGAAGAAAACCCCUGCUAAUGCAAAAGCUCUUUUGGAGCAAACCCCGACAACUGUGGUUGCUGCGAAGUCUAAGGUUGAAGAAAGGGAAAAGGAGGCGGAACUUGCUGCUGAUAAUGUUGGAGAAUCUAUAAAGAAGAAAGGAGUUGCAAUGGGAGUGGAAGAAUCUAAGGUUGAAAGUGUUGCUGUUUCUGUAAAGGAGGAGGAAAGUGUGGAAGAACCUGUGGUCGAUUCUAGGAAGGAGGUUGAAGCGGUUAAUGAUAGGGUUGGGGAGUCUGUUAAAAGGGAACGAACUGUGGUGGAUAUUCCUGCUGAUGAGGUUGUGGAAGUAUCUAAGAAUGAAGAACCUAACAGAGUGGGAAAGGGGGUUAAUGAGGGUGAGAAGAAAGACGUGGACGAUGAAGUGGAGGCCAGAAAUGAGGCUGUCAUGAUGGAAGGAAGUAUGGAGGAACACGUUCGAAGAGAAGAGACUCAACAUGAGCAAGAUGAGUAUGGUGGUGAUGACGGGUAUGAGGAGUAUGGAGAUAGAGUGGACUUUGAAGAUCCUGUUGAGGAUGACUUUGAAGAUCCAGAUGAGCCUGUUGAAGAAGCUGCUGCAAUGGAAGAGGAACGCAGGGAACUAACAGCUGUUGCAAAGGAGCGUAAGAUUAAGAAAGAAUAUGAGAUAUUUGUUGGUGGAUUGGAUAGGGAUGCUACAGAGGAGGAUUUGAGAAAGGUUUUUGAGAAGAUUGGUGAAGUAGUUGAAGUUCGAUUGCACAAAAAUCUUUCAACAAAUAGGAAUAAGGGAUAUGCAUUUGUGAAAUUUGCAAACAAGGGGCAUGUUAAACGCGCUUUGUCUGAAAUGAAAAACCCUGUGAUUCGUGGAAAGCGAUGUGGGACAGCACCAAGCGAGGACAAUGAUACAUUGUUCUUGGGCAAUAUAUGCAACACAUGGACAAAGGAAGCUAUAAGACAAAAGUUGAAGGAUUAUGGCGUUGAAGGUGUUGAGAACAUCACUGUUGUACCCGAUGCUCAACAUGAAGGGAGAAGUCGUGGUUUUGCAUUUCUUGAGUUUGCUUGUCAUACUGAUGCAAUGCUUGCUUACAAGCGGCUUCAGAAGCCUGAUGUUGUAUUUGGUCAUCCAGAGAGAACUGCCAAAGUGGCAUUUUCUGAACCUAUACGUGAGCCUGACCCUGAAAUUAUGGCUCAGGUGAAGACUAUAUUUCUUGAUGGCCUUCCUCCUCACUGGGAUGAAGAUCAUGUUAGGGAGUGCGUGAAAGGUUAUGGGGAGAUUGUACGAAUUGUCCUGGCACGGAAUAUGUCAACCGCCAAGAGAAAGGAUUUUGGAUUCGUCGACUUCUCUACGCAUGAAGCUGCGGUUGCUUGUAUUGAAGGAAUAAAUAAUAGAGAAUUUGGCAAUGGUAACACAAAGAUGAGAGUUAAAGCGAGGCUGUCAAAUCCAUUGCCAAAAACUCAGGCUGUGAAGGGUGGAAUGUGUGGUGGCUUUCGAAUUGGUCAUUCUGGAAGUGGAAAUUAUUUAAGAUUUGGAAGGGGUUUUGGGCGGGGCGGGCAUCAUUCAAACUGGGCGAAUUUUCAACGUGGUAGGGGUUUCUAUCAACGAGAACAUGGUCAAACUAGUAGAAUGGGUCCCCGUGAGUAUGACUAUAAUGAUCGAUAUGACAUGCUUCCUGGGAGGCAAGGAGGAAGAAGGGGUUCUUUCAGAGGAGGUUAUCAAACAGCUAGUAGAGGUAUGGCUGCUGGGCCAUCAAGAUCUAAUAUCAAUCGAGCUUGGCACGAGACCCCUGAGCGAGGACAUAGGGGCUAUGUUUCUUCAAGGAGGCAACCAUUUUCUCCUGAAGAAUCCUUUGACAGACGUUUCAAUGGAAGGCACUUUGAUGACCCCUAUUUUUAUGAUGAUGGUUCACAUGGGAUGAAACGAUCAUUUUAUAUGACUGACCAAGAUCCUGAUUACAUGGAACCCAGUAGGCUUCGACCCCGGUUAGAUUUCGCUGAUCCCCGAGUAGAUUAUGCUGAUCCGGCAGCUUCAUUUCGUGGGACACAUUAUCGUGAUACCUAUGGAGCAGGCAGUGAUCCCUACUUUCAUGAAUAUCGUGGUUCUGAUUACGAUCCAUAUCCACCUUAUUAUGGGAGGGACCACUCAUAUGGAGGUGGUUACCACUAUUAGGCACAAGCAAAUCUGGUGGGCUUGGAAAAGCAGGAUGCUAAUCAUUGGUGAUAGGCAAAUGGCUUGCUGUUCUGAAACUAGUUGAAGCUGCCUUUCAUUUAUCUUUUUGAUGUCUUGUAUUUUUCCUCGUGAUUCCCUUACUCCAAUAUUCUCUCCCUAUGAAAUUUUGGGUGCAGUGUCCAGAGAGUUUGUGUCUAGUUUAGGGUAUGUCUUCAAAGGACAUAGAUUAAGCAAGUGAAUUCUCUCUAUAUUUUGGAGAUUGGAAUAGGCAUUUUCCCCUUUGAUCUAGGUAUGAACUACUUGAGGACUUACAUCAUGGAUUGCAUUAUGGAUUAUUCUAAAGUAAAGUUUUUGGUUA